GAUUCCGCUGCCCUGCAACAAUAGCGCACAGAAAGUCCGUGUAAAAGGCUGCUGCUGGACGUGAUCUGUAGCGCGAGGAGAGCUGUGCAAAGCGGGUCGGGAUGGAGGUGGUGAGCAGGAUCGUGUCGGAGAACCCCCACGCGACAUUCGGCGGAGUGGGAGCCACCGUGUGCGCCACUGUGGCCUUCAUGUACAGAUUUCUUACAAGGAAGCAGCCCACACACGUCAAAGUGAACUGUUGGUUCUGCAACCAGGACACGGUGGUUUUGUCUCGGAACCGAAACAGCUGGGACUGUCCCACCUGUGAGCAGUACAACGGCUUCCAGGAGAAUGGCGACUACAACAAACCAAUCCCAGCCCAGUACAGUGAGCACAUGAACCAUGGGACCUGCGGCAAAAAGCAGCUGCCUGAGUCCCCAAAGACGCUGCAGUGGGUUAACUGUCAGAUGCUGCUUUGCAAGAAGUGCAACACUAAUCAGGCCCUGAAGAUCAAGCAGCUGGCAUCUUUCACUGCUAAGGAAGAUACAAAAUAUGACAAAGAGGUGGAGGUGUACAAACGCUACCUGGAGCAGAUUCACAAACUGUGCCGCCCGUGCGAGGCUGCUGUGAAAUCCUACAUCAAACACCAGAACCGUCAGCUUCGAGGCCUGCUCUUCAACCAUCGUCUGCGGCACAAACGCACCGAGGAAGAGGCUUUUGGGCAGAACACAUCCUCACCGUCGCGUGUCGUGUUCUUGCGAGCCUUGGCGUUCAUCGUCGGUACUUUGUUGCUGGCGGCGGCUGCGUCUGGAAGCAGAGAGUCCGUUCCCGUCCAGCCUCCUCCGCAGUUCCUGAGCGGAGGCAUCUCUGUGACGAGGCCAGAACCCAACGGCGGUCCUGCCUUCGCCUCUAGGAACAGCAGCAGCGGUGCCAGCAGUGUGUGGCCUGAAUUCUUGGGUGUGCUCCUGGAUGAGACCAUGGAGAGGAUGAGACUGAUGUGGAACUGUAGCACCAACCACCAGAUGGCCAUGGCCCUUUUCGGUCUGUCAGCUUGCAUAAUGACUCUCCUCCUGACCAGACCUAUUAGGCUUACAAAAAUUGAUACCGUGGCCUCCAUCCUGUGGCUGGUGGUUAUGGGUGCGCAUCUGGUGGAGAACUACUUGACCGUGGAAACCUCCACCUGGCUACAUGGUAUCAAGAUAAGUAGCACCUUCCUGUGCUGCUUGGUGGCAUUUAGUUCGGUGGUCCUGCCAAACAAAUCCCUUGCUUAGAGAAGGGGUCAGUGUUUCGAAUCAGACCUGUAAAAUGAAUAGCCAUCGUGUUUGUACGCAAACAAGGUUUCUUACGGUUCAAUUAUGUUUUUAUUGAUCAAACAGUGCGUUUGUACAACACUUCAGUUAUUUUUUAUAAGCUAAUUAUUUGGUUUAUGUUUUUUAAAGCGUAUGCCAUGUAAGUGAAUUUAUAUGAGUACUUUAUGAUUACGGCUUUCGGGCUGUCGAAGUUAAACGGGGCAUUAACUGACAAUGUUACGACUUUUUGACAGAGUAACACACUAAUUUCUGUCUGUAAACCCAACAGCUUUUACCCUGAAGUGGAAUUACUGCAUAGCUUUUGUAGACCAAUCAGGAUUGUUCUAUACGAAGACUCUAAUUUGAGUUUAUGGUUUGUGAAAUACCUUGUGUGUGUGUGUGUGUGUGUGUGUGUGUGUGUGUGUGUGUGUGUGUGUGUGUGUGUGUGUGUGUGAGAGAGCUGCGAUCACUAACUCCUAUAACCAGACCCAGUGGCUCACGUGCCAGUUCUGAUCCGUCAGAUUCUGUGUUACCGGCCUGUAAAUGAUGCACAUGAUGUCUUGGGGAUGGGAUGAUCGUUGGUGGAGUUCAGGAGUAUUUUGAGUGAUUUAGAAUGGCUUUUUUCACUCCAGGGCACCCCUACCUUGACAGAAGGGUACGCAGGGGAGCCCAUUUGAUUUACCAGUUUUGUCAAUUUUUGCUUAUUUUAGUGCAUACAGUAUUUAUUGAUGUGUAAUUGUAAUAUUUAAGCAGGCAAUCAAUUAUAUUAGACUUGAGUUGUAAAACUCAUAGUAAAAAUGCCACGUACCUCAGUGAGAUGA